GUGGGGCUGGCGGAAGCUGGUAUUCCGGCUCCUUCUGGCCUGUGGAGAGACGGCCGCGUCUGUUGGGAUCCCCGCCCGGCGGCUGCGCCUGCGGCGCUGACGUGGCUCCCGGAAGUGGCGCUGUCACGAGGCCGCCAUGUUGCAGCAGGACAGUAACGAUGACACUGAAGAUGUUGCACUGUUUGAUGCGGAAGAGGAGACGACUAACAGACCGAAAAAAUCCAAAAUCAGACACCCAGUGGCAUCAUUUUUCCAUUUAUUCUUUCGAGUCAGUGCAAUUAUAGUCUAUCUUCUCUGUGAAUUGUUCAGCAGCAGCUUUAUUGCCUGUAUGGUGACAAUUAUCUUGUUGUUGUCAUGUGACUUUUGGGCAGUCAAGAAUGUCACAGGUAGACUAAUGGUUGGCCUGCGCUGGUGGAAUCACAUUGAUGAAGAUGGAAAAAGCCAUUGGGUGUUUGAGUCCAGGAAGGCCUCCUCUCAAGAGAGUAAAACUGUUUCAGAGGCUGAGUCAAGAAUCUUCUGGUUGGGACUCAUUGCCUGUCCAGUGCUGUGGGUGGUAUUUGCCUUCAGUGCCCUCUUCUCCUUCAGAGUGAAGUGGCUGCCUGCCGUCUCCCUUGUGGCGGAGGGGACAGUCAGUCAGUGUUGGGCCGUAACCGCUGGUUGUUCCCUUCUCCAGGCGGUGGUCGUCAUGGGUGUGGUGCUGCAAGGUGCCAACCUGUACGGCUACAUCAGAUGCAAAGUGGGCAGCAGAAAGAAUUUAACCAGCAUGGCUACAUCGUACCUUGGAAAGCAGUUUUUAAGACAAACCACUGGAGACGGUCAGCCCUCCUGAAGAGAGUGACAGCCUGUGUGUUCUAAAUUUACACUGGAGACAACCGACGAGGGUCUUGACUCUGAACCUUUAGACUCAGUAUCUCUUGCAAAGAGAAGUGUUGGGUUUGUUUUUCCAUUUUAAAAUUUACUUAAAAAGGAAAAGUAGUUUUCAUAUUAAGUUUUUAUUUUCUUUCUAGCAUUUGGGGCUUAAAGGCAUGGUGUGGGUAGAAACAUCGUCAAAAUUUGGUUCAGGGUGCACAGUGUGUGCACGCCAACGUGUGCAGAUGGGAUGGAGACCUUUGCAUUUUGACCCACAGAACAUAGAAGGAUGUUGUGAGUCUAUCUCACAACUCUUAAUGUGUUUACAUAGUAUUUCUGUAGAUUAUUUUCAGAAGAAAGUUUUGCUUCCACGGUAAGAGUGAGCAUUUUGGCUUAUGUGUUAAGUUAGAAAUAAUUGUUAAUUUUACACUUAAUAUCUACUUCAUGAUGGAACUUCUUCUCCUAGGUGUUCACAGACACCUAAAAACCAAACGUGGGCUAGAUUUUGUUUAUUUAUAACAAGUCAUAUACUUAAGGCCCAGUUAAUAUAAAUAGAGUUUUCGUAGCUUAUGUUUAAGGGGUACCUCGGGGUUGCUGCUGUUCUAUUUAUUUUGGGGGGGGGACAGCCAGACUGUGCUCUGGAGCUUCCCAGGAGCUCUUCCCUGGUCCUUGGCCUGAUGAAAUCCGUCUUUCACCACUAAAAGAGUGUUAUUCUUAUGUCAUAGUGAGAAAAAGCAUUUAAAUACCUGGCAUUAUAAAUGCCUAGAAGACAUUUUAUUUUAUGGAUCUAUUUUUUUCUUGCUAAAAUGGGGAUAUUGUAAAUCAUGCAUUUGUAUUAAUGGUAUUUCUUAAAACAAAGCAAUGUAUGUAACAAUCUGUAAGUUAUAGGCAUCUGUAAAUUCUGUUGUAGGUACUGUAAACUUUUGAUCAACAGAUUAUUUUGUGACUGUAUUUAUACAUUGUUAAAAAAUUUUGAAGAUGUUUUGUUUAAUUGAAUAACUGUCUAGUGGAGUGAUAGCUUUGAAGGUGCAUAACUUUAUAUUUGUAUAAAACUACUGUUUAUAAAGCA